GCAUGUUAGAAACAGCAUCUCCCUGAUCAUCCUCUAUAGUUAUCUUCAAGUUUCUGUUUAUCUUUUGCUUGUAAGAGAUUAGGGGGAAAAGUUAUGUUCUGUGUCUAGUUGUUUUUUUUUUUUUAAUUGUAAAUAUGGUUACCAACUUUGAUCAGUUUCCAAAUGAGGAAGAAUCUCGUUUAUUAAGACGAACUGGAUUUUCGGAUUUCAGUUGGAUUUUCUUGUGUUUCAUGUUUUUGAUCGUCUUAUGCUUUGUGAUGCUCCUUUUCGGCUUGUAAUUUGGCUUUUUGUACAAAAAAGACUAUUCAUUUCCACACAAAAAAAAAUUCUCUUGAAUCUUGAUUGAGCCUUUUAGGUGUUGGAUUGUCUAUAUUACACACAUGCCAUUCAUGUUUAUCGAUGGAGAGUAUUUGCGGAUGCAAAAUCUGUUUUGUGUAGAAAGAUAAAUCCUUUUAAAGUUUUUUAUGACGUAGGAGGUUAUGCGAAGUGGUGAGGAACUUCGCUAUGAUUGAUCUAUCUCUAGCCAGAUUAUGGAGCACCUGUUUUCGUAGUUUCUUCUACAUAUCGGCUGUGCUUUUUCUGCUCACCAGCGUAGGAGUUUACUCCUCUGACUCUGAGUAUUUGAUUGGACUGGGAAGCUAUGACAUUACUGGCCCGGCGGCUGAUGUUAAUAUGAUGGGUUAUGCUAACAUGGAGCAAGUAGCAUCUGGUAUUCACUUCAGGCUCCGAGCUCGGACAUUUAUUGUCUCUGAGCCUCAAGGGAAGCGGGUUGUGUUUGUUAACCUUGACGCAUGUAUGGCUUCACAAAUUGUAACACUAAAAGUGAUUGAGAGACUCAAGGCAAGAUAUGGGGACCUAUAUACAGAAAAGAAUGUUGCCAUCACUGGUAUCCACACCCAUGCCGGUCCAGGGGGGUAUCUUCAGUAUGUGGUGUAUAUUGUAACAUCUCUUGGAUUUGUUCGUCAGUCAUUUGAUGCCCUUGUAAAUGGAAUUGAGAACAGUAUCAUACAAGCUCAUGAAAAUCUUCGUCCUGGAUCAAUUUUCAUCAAUAAUGGUGAACUCUUAGAUGCUGGUGUUAACCGCAGUCCAAGUGCAUAUCUUAAUAAUCCUUCAGAAGAAAGAAGUAAACACAAGUAUGAUGUUGAUAAAGAAAUGACUCUUCUAAAGUUUGUGGAUGAUCAAUGGGGUCCAGUAGGUAGUUUCAAUUGGUUUGCUACCCAUGGAACUUCCAUGAGUCGUACAAACUCUUUGAUCAGUGGGGACAACAAGGGUGCUGCAGCACGAUUUAUGGAGGAUUGGUUUGAACAGAACACUGCUGAAAACUCCUACUCGGAAGAGUUUAUCUCAGAUGAGAUACCUAGAAGAGUUUCAAGCAUAAUCGAGGAUCAGGACAACCAUGACGAGUUGUUAGAGCUUGCAUCUUACUUUAAGUCACAACCUGGUAGGCCUGCAACUAGAAUUUCAAGUUCUGCAAGGCGGGUGAGGAGUGCUCUGAGGAAGGCGGACAUGCCUGGCUUUGUUUCAGCUUUCUGUCAAACGAACUGUGGUGAUGUUAGCCCAAAUGUGCUUGGAGCCUUUUGCCUAGACACUGGUCUUCCUUGUGAUUUUAAUCACAGUACAUGUGGUGGGCGAAAUGAGAUGUGCUAUGGGCGUGGACCAGGUUAUCCUGAUGAAUUUGAGAGUACAAAUAUAAUCGGCGAGAGACAAUUCAAGAUGGCUUUGGAUCUUUUUAACAAAGCAUCUGAACAGCUACAAGGGAAGGUUGAUUACCGCCAUGUUUAUGUUGACUUUUCACAGCUCAAUGUGACACUUCUAAAAGAAGAUGGGAAUUCAGAAGUUGUUAAAACAUGUCCUGCGGCAAUGGGAUUCGCUUUUGCUGCUGGAACCACUGAUGGACCAGGAGCAUUUGAUUUUACACAAGGAGAUGAUAAGGGGAACCCUUUCUGGAGAUUGGUGAGAAACGUUCUUAAAACACCGGACAAGAAACAAAUCGAUUGUCAUUACCCAAAACCCAUCUUGCUUGACACUGGAGAAAUGACAAAGCCAUAUGAGUGGGCUCCCUCAAUUCUUUCACUGCAAAUUCUGCGUAUUGGACAACUUUUCAUUCUCAGCGUUCCUGGAGAAUUUACAACUAUGGCUGGAAGGCGUCUCCGUGAUGCAGUGAAGACACAACUUAAAAUCAGUGGUAAUAAAGAAUUGAAUGGUGAGAUUCACGUCGUGAUAGCUGGGUUGGCUAAUGGUUACUCACAAUAUGUGUCUACCUUUGAGGAGUACCAAGUGCAAAGAUAUGAGGGCGCGUCUACAUUGUUUGGCCCACACACCCUUAGUGGCUACAUUCAAGAAUUCAAGAAACUCUCCAAAUCUCUCAUCCUUGAUGUACCUGUUCAACCGGGGCCUCAACCGCCGGAUCUCCUUGACAAGCAACUGAGCUUCCUCACACCAGUCAUGAUGGACACAACUCCUGACGGAGACAGUUUUGGGGAUGUAAUCUCGGAUGUUCCUAAAAACCUGUCUUUGAAGAGGGGAAACGACCAGGUGACUGUUGUAUUCCGGUCAGCUUGCCCUAGAAACGAUCUACUGACAGAAGGGACGUUUGCUCUGGUGGAGAGACUAGAGCAGAAGGAGAAGACUUGGACCCCAGUUUAUGACGACGAUGAUCUAUGUCUGAGGUUUAAAUGGUCGAGGCCUAAAAGGCUGAGCUUCCGAAGUCAGGCCACUGUGGAAUGGAGAAUCCCCGAGUCUGCAUCACCAGGGGUUUACAGGAUCACUCAUUUUGGGGCUGCAAAGAAGCUCUUUGGGUCAGUCCACCAUUUUACAGGCUCUUCUAGUGCUUUCGUUGUAACAUAAGUAGAUGUAGUCAACUUGUAUUAUAUACUAGGUUUACCUGAUGCACUGUCUUGUGCACUUACAUGUACUACACAAAUGUAGUCAGAUAGUAGAAUGGUGUCAAAGAAUUGAUGUAGAGAAGUGUAAUGGAACCCAAUAUACCAUUUCAUGUAAAUGUUCAGGCAUUUUGAUAUAAAUUAUCUUGCAAAA